AUGUCUCUCGAGCUGGACUGGAGCUUGCUCGACGACGAGCUGGCGGUGCGCUUCCUCGACUCGAUCAACCGUGCGCUGAGCGCGUCUGCGUCCAAGCGGCCGUCGUUCCUGGGCGACAUCCACUUUGACGGACUGCGCUUUGGGUCUGAUCCACCGGACGUGGCGAUCCAGUCCAUCUCGGACAUCUGGCAGGACUUUGUGUCGAUCGACGAGGCACCGGUGCGGCGUCGCGGAGCAUCGCGCCACGCCACACCCGCAUCCAACUCGACCACGCUGGUAGAGUCGCCGCACGAAGCGUCGCCCUCGCCCGUGGACAUUCCGAUCCGCACAUAUACCCAAUUCGACGACGCCGCACCUCCGCACCGCAUCCACGGCCCGCCAAGCAUUGUGUCGGCCAGUGUGGUUGGGUCGGCACCCAUCACGCCUGGAGCAGGAUUCGGGGCGAGUGCAUACCAUCAGCAGUGGUCCGCUGCACUGGCGUCGAGAGGAAUUCGCGCUGCAGGCCUCGGCGGUGCGUCGUCGCUGCCGCAGACGCAGGUGACAAGCCCGGUCGACUCGGUUCCGCCUUCUCCGGGCUACUUUCAGCACUGGCAGCAGACCACGGGCGCGCUCGGACCGCUUCCGCCGCCGCCGUUUUCGGGCAUCAAUUCGAGACAGACGAGCUUUGAUGCGUCGUCGCUUCGGGGCGGGCCGGGGCCACAGAGCAGCGUGAGCCAGAUCGGGCUGAAGCGCGAUACGAAUAGCCUGCAUCCGCCCGCAUCGAUGCUGGGUAAUGGAAUGUACGUUGGCGCGGGAGGCAGGCCAUCGAUGCGCUCGACACCCGCAGCUUCGUUCCGCUCUCUCUCGGGGCAGCAUUCUCCCGGAGAUGAGGGACGCGAAGCUCUGUCUGCGCCAUCUUCGUCUGGACUGCCUUCGUUGCAGAUGCGGCUGUCGCUCGACUGGGCCACGACGAGUUUCCGGCUGCGAAUCUCGACGAGCCUGCUGAUCAACUAUCCGAGCGCAGCGUUUAUGAGUCUGCCGCUGACGCUGUCGGUGACGGGAUUUGUGAUGCGCGCGGGCGUGAUCGUGGCGCUGGAGGGCGAGCAUCAGCGUGCGCACGUGUGCCUGGUGGAAGAAGAGCCGCUGGGAGAGCACGAUGCGAUGGGCGGCGUCGAGGCCAAACGCCCCAGCGCGGGCCUCAACAUCCUACCGCAUCUCACGUUUGAGAGCGAGGUGGGCGAGCACGAGAAGCACGUGCUGAAAAACGUGGGCAAGGUGGAAAAGUUCGUGGCCGAGGUGAUCCGCAAGGGCCUCGAAGACGAACUGGUGUAUCCGAACUACUACACGAUUGAUCUUCCUGCUUCGCGCUCCAAGGCAGCAAGCAGCUGA